UUUUAACAAAAUUACGGCCGUUUACAAAUUAACUGCAGUGCGCUGUGCGAGCCUUUGAGAGCGUAAACCUAAGACUAAGAGGAGAAACAAAGCUAGCUGCGAAUUUCAAUGGCGACCACGACCAGUACUACAGAGGAGAAACAGCCGAACAAUGAUGGUACCGUGAAGGAAGGCAGCAAUUUGCUGGGAGCUCCAUCUUUCCAGCAACUCGAAAAUGGUAGAUUCAAAUGCGUCGAGACCGGCCAUGAGUUGCCAGAACACGCUAAAGACUCUUAUUCUCAGAGCAAACGAUGUCGUAUUGGUCUUAUAGACUUUGCUCUUGCCAAUAGCAAACCUCCUCUCAAUAUGUUUAAGCAAGAUCCUCUCAAUAGGUCUAAGUUAAUUUGUAAAUUAACGGGUGAUACUAUUAACAAAUCUGAAGAGCAUAUUUGGAAGCAUAUUAGUGGAAAGCGGUUCUUCAAUAAACUUGAGCAAAUGGAGAAUGGUGAAUUGCCUGGUGAUGGAGAAGUAGAAAAGAAGGAUGAAGUGAAGGGGAAAGAUGAUUUAGAAGGAAAGGAAAAUGGCACAAAGAAGAAAAGUAAGAAGGAGAAGAAGAAGAAGAAAAAGAAGGAAAAUGGAAAAAACAAGGAAGAGAUUAUAUCUGAGAUGAGGGACUCACCAUGUAAUAGUGAUUCUGAGGAAAAUGAUUUCUGGAUGCCUCCUGUGGGAGAGCGUUGGGACUUUGAUGAUGGACGAGAUAGGUGGGGUUCUGAUUCAGAAUCAGGUGAUCACCAUGAUGAAGAUGACAGGGCAGGCAUAGAAGAUGAAGAGGCGUCUGCUGAACUUUCAAGCAGGUAUGUUUUGGUACUUUGUUUUGGUACAAAUUCUUGGUUUUUAUUGGUGCAUACAUUGCCUUGCAGGACAAAAAGGAUGUCGAUAGAAAUUGGUUCAAGUAGCUUUGCUUCUCGGAAAAAGAAGAGUAAGACGAAAUCUCCAUGAUCUUUAUUGGUAAAUGUCGAACGACAUUUUCCUGGUCUGUGGGUUUUAGUGCAGAGCAACUUCUUACUGUGUUAGGGUUUUGUUCUAGGACAAGUUAGUGUUGAAAAGGGAUGUAAAAUAUGCAUCACCCUUCUCUUAAUCUGUAAUGCUCUAUUUAAAGAAAUGUCAUGUUUUGAUAAAGAAUUUUUUUUUUCUAUUUGAAAGAAUUAUCAUGUUAUGAUAAAGAAUUUUUGUUUUAGAUUGGUUCUUUCUGCUUCAAAGCCCACCAUAGUAGCAAUACAUAAUUGGCAAUCCUAAACUCCUUUAUUCUUUUGCUUUGGAUGUGAGGGGGUACACCUCUUAUAAGGUGUUGUAAUGUGUUGUAGUUAAGGUAAUUCCUUGUAGCCUAACAUUAGUGUAAGGAUAUCCUUAACCAUAGAAAUCAUGUUGUGUUGGGUCAUACACAUGCCGUGCCUCGUGCCAAGUCUACUUUGAACAAUGUUAUGUCGUGCCUGUGCUUGGACACCGAAAAAUAAGGUCUAAUUAUGAAUUUGUACUGGCUAGUUCGUCUUUAUGUAGUGUCUAUCGUGCCUCGUGCCAAAUUGUACCUUGCCUAGUCCUUCGAUGAACAAUGUCAUGUCGUGUCUUAGGUGGGUCGUGACUUGUCGACCCGCAUGCCAUUCUGAUCCACUUUCAUCGUAAAUAUAGUUGGGAUUCCCAUACUCACUUACACAUGGACUAAAGUGGCUUCCCAAAUGGGUGACAGUCAUAGUCGUAACGACUCGUAAUUAGUCACACCUCCUUAGAAUGAAAGGAUGGUUAACUCGGUUCUUAGUCAAAGCCUUUCGUUCCCCUCAACAAAUCACCCAUG